UUUAAGGCUCGAGAAUACAAAGAACAUUUAAAUUUGUUUGCGCUUAAAUCUUAGUUUUGGCUAGAAUAGAAUUUUUCUUUUUAUACUUUUUUUUUGUUGUGCUUGACCCUUAACUCGCUUAACCACAAAAUGCAUAUAAAAAGCUUAUAUAUUUUUCUAUUCACUAUCUGCAUACUACACGUCGUCGCCAUCAUUCCCACAUCCACCGCGCACGCCUCACCUCGCGACGAAAACACAGGUAAAAUGUCCGGCGAAAAAAAAUUUAAAAUUUUAGUAACACACCCAGAAGUGCCACAAGCUGGCAUCGAUCUGUUGUCACGCGACUGUGAGGUGACCGUAGUGCAGAGUUUGCCGCCUUUGCGUUCAGAGAUUUUAGAGAAAGCUAAAGGUGUAGACGCACUCUUUUGGGGCAGCCAUGAACCGCUCAAUGCCGAAGUAUUGGAUGUGGUUGGACCACAACUGAAAUCGAUUUCCACCAUGUCGGCGGGCAUAGAUUACGUGGAUGUGCAGGAAAUUAAGCGCCGUAAGAUACCACUCGGCCACACGCCCGUCGUGCUCAAUCAAGCGGUGGCAGAUGUAGCGGUUGGUUUAUUGCUGGCGGCAGCGCGUCGCUUCCACGAAGGACGGAUGAAGAUUGAAACUGACACCUGGGAGGACUUCCAUCUCAACUGGAUGUUGGGCCGCGAUUUGCGCGACUCCGUAGUGGGUUUCUAUGGUUUUGGAGGUAUUGCACAAAACAUCGCCAAGCGUCUGAAGGGCUUUGACAUUGAUAGCGUACUCUAUACGACACGUCGUCGGGUGGCGCCUGAAAUUGAGCAGGAAUACAAUGCCAAAAAAGCAGAUUUCGACACGAUGCUAGCCGAGAGUGAUUUCGUAGUUAUUGCGGCGCCCUUGACCAAGGACACUGCUGGUGUUUUCAAUGCCACCGCUUUUGGUAAAAUGAAGAAGACUGCCGUGCUGGUGAAUAUUGGACGUGGAGGUAUUGUGAAUCAGCCAGAUUUGUAUGAAGCUUUGAAAACAAAUCAAAUAUUUGCUGCCGGUUUGGAUGUGAUGACACCUGAACCACUGCCACCCACUGAUCCGAUUUUGAGUCUACCAAACCUCGUUGUUCUCCCUCACUUGGGCUCGGCCACCGAACGCACCCGUGACGAUAUGUCUAUCAUAGCAGCGCACAACGUUUUGCGGGGACUGGCUGGUGAACCAAUGCUCUCGCCCGCCUAUUAAAUGGUUAUGGAUAAAACGACAUUUUUCCAUGAAGCUCCCAUAGCAAACCGCUGGGGUGUAUGUAUGUUUAGCUGUGUAAAAUAUGAAGCCUUUUUGUAAUAAAAAAAUCCAUUAAAAAACA